UUGGCAAAGCAAAGAUCCAGCUAACAGUUGACGGUAGUUUUAUUAUCAGGUGAAAAUCGGUUUUUGAAGUGAAGUUGUGCUUUUCUUGCUCGGCAGCACAUGCGUUAGUUUAUUAAAAAAAAAAAAAAGAACAAGUGAGCAGAAUAGUUUACGUUUUGCGGCAAUCAUUUUUAAAUGUAUACGUACUUACUGAUACCAGCUGUAGCAAGACAUUCUUCACAGCAUGAACUCCGAAGUAGAGUUCCACAUACGAAACAAUGAUACUUGGGCGAAACUUCCUGCUAAUGUUAAACAGAGCCUUGGAAACUCGCAGAAAGAGUAUGAAAAAUGGAUAGUCCAAUUCAGCCUCGGAAAUCAAUUGAGAUACAAAGGAAAUCUCAUCAGAUUGGUUCGGAGAGAUGAACGCCGUUAUUAUGAAGAUGUGUUGGAUUAUAGCAAACAAAAUUUAAUGCUAUAUCCUUACCAUCUAUCUGAUGUUGUUGUAAAGGGGCUAAGAGUAACACCUUUCCAAUACUACACGGCAAUGAUGGAGAGUAUUAUGGCACAGGAGAAGAGCUAUGAUUCUCUUCCUAACUUUACAGCUGCUGACUGUCUCAGAUUAUUAGGAAUUGGCAGAAAUGAGUAUAUAGAACUAAUGAACCAGUAUCGUACUCGGCCGAGGCUCUUUAGAAAGAAGACAAUUAGGGAUCUUUUGCCAGCAAAACCGGCAAAAAUUAUGGUUAAGCCAUGGUGGAAUGUUGAAGUUGGUUUGGUAAUUGAGGAUGAUAUAAAGUUGAUAAGUGAAGAAGAGAAGAAAGUUAUAGAUAAAAUUAUUGAUAAUGGCACUCAGAAAGCUGGUGAUCUUGAUAUUAAUCUGAUACAUAAUCUCUAUUUGAAGGGCCUUAUCUACCUGGAUGUUCCUAUUGAAGAUGAUGACUGUAUAAUUGUACCACCCUUGAAAGGAUUUGUAAUGAAUCGUGUACUGGGUGAUUAUUUUGAAACAUUACUUUACAAAAUUUUUGUAUCCAUUGAUGAACAUACAACAGUGGGUGAGUUAGCAAAUGUACUCCAGAUUGAUCCUCAGGCAGUAAAAAAUGCUGUUUCCUUGUAUUGUCGUCUUGGAUUUGCGUACAAAAAAUGUGUUGAAGAUGAUCAAGAGGAUACAAAUGCUAUCUGGAAAGCGGGUGAUCCUUCUAGUAAGAAGAGCAUAUCAGUAGAGCCAGUACCUCUUGACCUGACUUCGCCAUUUAGUGAAGCAGUUACAACGCCCACUGAUGAUGCAUCAAGUGGUACAGAAGAGGUCGAAGCAGCCUUCUUAUCAAACCAGCCACGAAGUAUGCGCAUUGCCUUCCUGUUUGAUUCAACACUAACUGCAUUCCUCAUGAUGGGCAACUUAUCUCCAGGGUUGAAGAAUCACGCAGUAACCAUGUUUGAAGUGGGGAAGCUAUCUGAUGAAUCACUAGAUAGCUUUGUUACUGAACUAGAUAGCAUAUCAACAGUGGAUAGUGAAGGUGAAGCUCAACGAUACUUUGAACAUGCCUUCAAUUUACGUUCUACCAUUGGAUUUUUACGGAGUAAUCCUGCCAUGGGACAAGAUCUGAACUUGCCUCUAGAUCUGGUACGCUGUGAAAGCUUGCAGUCUUUAGAUCCUGCUACCUGCACUCGCCUGCUUGUUAAGAAUUACAGGCUGCUUGUUUCGAUGGCGCCACUGAGUAAAGAAAUAAGACCAAUUAGCAGCUGUAUGCCACCUCACCUAGGACCUGCUAUUCCGGAAGUAAAUAGUGUGUGGUUUAAACUGUUCAUAUAUUAUAUUACUGGAUAUGGUCCUCCAUCUCUACUUCUAGUGAAAGGUUCUCGAAUUAAGAGGCUACCAGCUGUAUUCUGUAAAUAUGAAAAGCUCUUGGUGACUACAUGGGGACAUGAUCCUGGAGUUCUACCUGUCAGUAAUAUUAUUUUUACCCUCAAUGAAGCACUUUGCCAUUCAGCUGUUUUGGUCCAGGCUUAUGGUAUUAGCCGAGUAGCAGAAACAUUCUUGGUACCAUUUCCGAUGUCUUCAAAACCGCUAGCUAUUGGUGGCAGUUUUCAGAAUGUGUGCACCACUGAUGUUGAUUGGAAUUCCCAUCCUGCUGUAAGGAAACUGUCUGACGUUAUUGAUCUGAAGUGCAGCUGUGGCUUUAUAAGUAUGGUUGAUACAGAGAACAGUAUAGAUGGUCAUACUAACAAAAGUAAUUUUUAUAGGCACACUCCAGAAGAAUCUAAGUGCAUUUCGCCUAUCUCCAGUUCAGGAUCUAAUGUUGACAGCUUUGUAGAAGCUUGGGUGAAAACAGGAUCCCCAGAUGACACAUUUGAAGAGCCCACUAGUGUAGAUUUAUUACCUAGCAAUGGCUUCACAAAUGGUGAAUGUGCUUCUGUCUUAAAAAAAGAAAUAGAUAGCACAUAUCCUGAAAAAUUAAAUAUUAAAUCAAAGUCUGUUGACAAUGAAAUUAGGAAUGACAGUAGCCUCUUGUCCUCAGAAAAUGAUAGUAGUGAAAAGAGAGAUCUUGAGAAUAUAUCUACAGAUAUAAAUCGAUGGACUCUUUUGGAGUGUAGUUUUGGAAUUCCACUGUUUAACCAGGAAAUAAACAGAGAAAUUUGCAAGAAUAUCCUCCAUUACAAACUGUAUCAAGAAGAUAGUCUGCGUCAACUUACUCAUUCCAGUCGUAAAUUGUGCCUCAACUUGUUGGACUUCAUAGCUAAAUUUCAGGAGUUACCAGUCCUUCAGGAAGAGUUAAGCAAUAUUUACAAUAAACAGCUCAGUAAUGUUGUUUUGCCUACAAGAAAUCUUCUGUUUAUUGGUGGGGAGCUGAAAACUUGGGAUGGAAAAUGAGAACUGUCACAACAAAGGUAGCUGUUUCUCAAGCAGACUGACAUUUCCUGAUCUUCGGUUGGUUUCUUUGACAAAGAGAAAUUCUGUGUUGUAUCAUAUUCAACUAUCCACCAACUAUCAAUUUGAAUGAGUUUUUAAAUUCCACUUGCAGUCAGAGGUACAAAAUUCUAUCUCUGAUAGUUCUCUUGUGUGACAGGUUAAACAGAAUUUAGUUUCUGUACAAUUCAAUCUACAUUUUGUUUAUUUAUGUUCAUUUGAGUACAUACCUGUAGCUACUUUUACACCAGUCCUUCAACAGUUGCCCUUCAUUGUUGUUGCCAAUAGGUUCAGCAGUGUGUUAUCACCAUUACUCUAUUCUAAUCCCAGUUUUGUCUGACCAGGUAGAUUAAUAGCAGACUGCAGUUAUCAGUUGUCAUUACAGUACCAAUGACAUGUUUGUAACAUUACAUUUUAAGAUAUAGGUAUUACUCUAUUGGCAAAUAUUUAUUUCCAAUAAUAUUGUAGUAAACUUUAAUUUUAUUGCUUUUGUUGGGCAAUACAAUAUUGUUCUUUAAUGGUAUAGUUUGUUGAUGUUCUUUUUCAAUAUAUGUGCAAUUGAUAUAAUUUGUCUUUGGUGCUUUUUCUCAUUGCCAGAUACUUAUAGGGAGUUAGAAGUGAAAGCAUUGUAAUUCUAUCUCACAUUUUAGUAUUGUUGUUGUAGAUCAUCACAGGAGCCUGUUGGAAAAAAAAAUAUUUAGUAUUCUUUAAAUUUAGUGGUUCAUGUUCCUAGCUGUUCAAUCAAACAGCUUUAUGCAAAUUGUCUGGGCUUCAUUCUUUGGUACAAUUAUAUUAGAUGUGUGACUAUUGAACUCUAAUGAUUGUUGCUCUGUUUGGAAGGCUCAUCAUCUGCUUCCGUUGUCAUGUGUAUUUGUAUGUAAAAGUUUUCUCUUUUGUUUUUAAAGAUGCUGUGCAUGAAACAAUCUGAACUUUCAUGGCCUAAGUGUGUUGUGUAAUAAGCAGGUGCAAAAUUUCUCAUAAGGCUACAUGGUUUUCUUCUAUUGGUAUUUUGUAAGGUACACAUGGGAAUAAUAGCUAUUGUGUAUAACAUUUUUAGUUUUAUCUAAGUAUUUGUAUGACAUGGACUGAUCUUUUCAGUGUGUAAACUGAAAGAUGAAAUUUUGCAUAAAAUGAAUAAUUGAAGUAACAUAGACCACAUAUGUUUGUGGAUCUCUGUAUCAGGUAAACUGACAUGGUUUCAGAGCAGAUUAUCCUCAAAUGUCUUUUUUUUGUAGUGUGUUACGUCAAAACAUUGUGCUUUCUGUCUGUUACACCAUUUGCUGUUUUGACCUAGUAUUCUCAUAGUCAGGUAUCAAUCACAGCAUUUAUUGGCAGAGAUGAACAUAUAAUUUAAAGUUCAAAAUAGUAUAAUUAUCAUAAAAAUCUCAAUUUUCAUACAAUAUAUUGCAAGAAGGCAUGAAGCACUGCAAGAAGGCAUGAAGCACAUGGUGUACUGAUAAACACAUCAUUCCAUUUUUCUUAGUUGUAGAUAUGAUGAUAUUGAUAAUCUGCAUAUUUUGGCAAAAACUGUAGCUUCAUUAAAUUAAAUAAUUGCAUCCCUUUCUUUACAUCCAUAUGGUAUUUAUAACUGACUGGCAGCUACACAAGCUGAUUGCAUAAUUUGGAAUUUUUAGUUGGGAAAGUACAAUGUUAGUAUGGUUUCUUUUAGGUUUGUAUUCUCACUGUUUCUUAAGUGAAGGUGGUUGGAAUAAAAAUUAUUCUUUUCGUGCUGUAUUAGAAUAUUCUUGUUCAAUAAACCAGAAUUAUAUAUAAAUAUAAUAGAGGGAAACAUUCCAUGUGGGAAAAAUAUAUCUGAAAACAAAGAUGAUGUAACUUACCAAACGAAAGCGUUGGUAUGUCGAUAUACACACAAGCAAACACAAACACACACACACAAAAUUCAAUUUUGUGUGUGUGUUUGUGCCUGUUUGUGUGUGUAUCGACAUACCAACGCUUUCGUUUGGUAAGUUACAUCAUCUUUGUUUUUAGAAUUAUAUAUAAUGUGCUCAUAAGCUGACCACUGUAGAAGAAAACUGCAGUAACUGCAAGUAUGUUUAAUAGUACUGUGCCAGCUAUCUUUGUGUAUGGUCAUGAAAUAUGGAAUAUAAAAUUGGCGACAUUCAUUAAAAUGACACACAGCAGCAACUUGUGGAACUGAAAUAUGUGGCACACCUGUUCUAGGUUCGUAGAUAUGGUGAUAAUUUCUAAUUAUUUGAUUACAGUUGUAAGUUCUGUGCAAACAGGUGGUCCAUCUGUGAUAGCAAAACCAUUCCAUGUGUGAUGCAUAUAAUUGUACUAGUACACAGUUUAACUUAUGGAACCAUAUAUUUAUGUUAUUAAGUAAAUAUCCUUAUGCUUUGGUUGUAAAGCUGUAUAUAUUUAAUUCUUUUCUAGUCAUUUUGAAAAACAGAGUUUUUGGAAGUGUGUUGGCUUCAGUGUGUAUAACAACAGGUAUUCAUCUUGAAGUUUUGCAGAGAUUUUCACUGAAGUCCAUCAAAGCAGAGUUAGUACAAUCAAAUAUCUUCGCUAAGUGCAAAUGGUGCUAGAAGAGAAGUUAACUACUGAACAAAGUUACUUAACCCCAGUGACUUACACGUCAUGAUAGUGUAAAAUUUAACUGUGUAAUAUCAUUUUAUUGAUGUGGUGUCUUUUGUAUGUGUUAUGGAGAGGGUUAUGGGAAAAUACAUCAUAAAUAUCUUCAUGUGGUAGUAAUCUCUGUGGGGCAGUGUUCUGAUAGAAUUUUGUCAGUAACAUCACAGAUGACUGUAGUUGUGAUUAUUGACUGCUACUUUAAUUUUCAUGUGAUAACAAGCAGUAAGAGUAUUCUGUCAGUUACGUUCACAUCACAUUAUAUUUGUACUUGAGACUACUGAUAAUGUACCUUAAACAAAUAAGUACUUUGGAUUAAGUACAGUUAAGUAGUGACUGGUAUAUGAGUGUUGCCACAGGUGCUUUUCUUCCCAUUCUGAUAAGGUUUUGUUUUGUGGUGGUACUUCGUAUUUAAUCAUGAAAUGUGGCACAGAAACAUUACAGUUACAUUUAUUCAGUAAUAUGCAUCUGUCACUAUCAUUUCCAAAACUCAGUAGUACACCUAGUAACACAUGUGCCCACCUAGCCCUUUCGCAACAAUUAUAGGCAGUAUGAAAACUGUGUAAUGGGCAGUCACUACUUAAGACAUUUUACUGUUAGGCUUUAUGUAAUUAAUUAGUAGGAAUAACAAAAUUAAUUAAUUCAUUCCAUUAGAAAGCUUUUUGUCCUAAAUUUAGUUUUAAAGUAUUGAAUUUCAAAGUUAUUUGAAGUGUCCAGAAACAGUCUGUGAUGGCGAUAUAUGUAAUGGCAUAAUUUGUGAAAGAAUGAGGACUCUUUUUGGUGCAUAUUUGGAUUAAAGUAGCAAGUGAAAUGUGAUAUGUAGUAAAUAUAUUUCGUCAAACUGGCAUACAAUAUGUUGUUUGAUUUUUCUUGUUGCAUUGAUUAGCCAAAUAUUCUAAUUGAAAUUGUCAUAGUAGUUGUUACUUAAGUUAUUUUAGAAAUUUGCGUGUUUACAUAUUUAAAGUAUUUAUGUUCAGCUGUAGCUGGUACCAAAAUCUGGAGAGAACAAAUGCAUAUGAACAUACAGAGGCAGUUUAAUUUAACAGACGGCUAGCAGUAAACAAAAUAAAUGACACGUUUUAAGGUCAUAAGAGUCAUUUCGAUGUAACAAUGCAAAAUAAAACUGUUUAGUUAUGGAAAGAGGAAAAUGUGUGACAGUUUUUUUAGUAUCCUGCACAGUCAAUAAGCCUAUCAGAUUUGGAAAAAUGAGCACAUGUUUUAUUUGCUUAUUCUGUCCAUUUUGUAUAUAAUUUCUUUUGAGUGAUAAGGAGCUAAUGAAAUAAAUUGGUAGGCAUUUCUUCAGUAUAUUUGUCCACUGUGUGUGUACUCAUCAAAUGACUGCAUAAUGUGAGCCACAAUUUUCACCCAUCAUUGCAUUACAUUUCACUCUAUUUUGUGAAUGUUUUCAGAUGUCAUUCUGUUGUACCAGUUUCUCAUAUAGAAUUAUUUUAUUUAUUUUUGUUGACUUUUUUAAGUGUCUGAGCUGUGAACUUGUACCUGUGAUGUACACAUUACAAGUGUUAAAACUUGCAUGGAAAUUUGCACAUGUAGUGGAAAAAUGUUGUAAAAUGCCUUGUACAGGUCAUUUUUCUUGUUGAAAAUGAGAAAAUUAGUUAUUUGUAGUAGAUGUGGUUAAUUUUCAUUUGACAUCACACCAAAUAUUAAUCAUCUCAUUAGUUUUGGUACUCAGAAACUGUAAUUCUUCAUAGUAAUAUCAGUUAUUCACAUAUUUUUUGUGCAAAUUCCAUUACUUUCUGUUAAAGACUUAAAUAUUGUUCCCUACUUGCCAGUAAACAGCAUCAAGUACUUACAGUUCUCCAGUUGCAAGAAUGGCUUUUGUUCAUUCUAUCAGCUGAAACAAUACAUUGUAUGUAAUCACAUCUCUGGUAAUAUAGAAAGUAAUGUUUGUCACGUUAAAAUGCAUGUCAAUUUUGCUGUCCAGUCACCUGUGCAGAGAACAAGGAAUAAUGAAAGUGUUUAACUUCCAGACCAGGAAGUGUAUCUCACCUUUUAAUACAGUAAGAUGUAAUAGCUCAGGCUAUACAUGUAAGACCUUUGAAUGUAAAAGAAAGAUAUUUUUGUAUAAGACAGUUUUUUAUUCUGUACCAAAUUGAAUAAAAUGUUGAAGUAACACUGUAUGGGUGUUUGUAACCCGUCAGUAAAGACUCAA